AAUAAAAGCUUCGGCGGGGUAAAUGUUUUAUCUUGACAUUCGAGUCGCAUGUGAGACUUACCUAUUGCAAUUGGGCUCGGAGCACUAUUCAAAGGAGCUUGAUUGUUGCGCGUCGAAUACCACACAAGAUGCUCUACCUUGUCGGUCUCGGGCUCUCAGACGAGACGGAUAUCACCGUCAAGGGCCUCGAGAUAGUGAAGAAGGCUUCCCGGGUGUACCUCGAGGCUUAUACCAGCAUCCUACUCGUGGAUCAGUCUGUUCUUGAAUCCUACUAUGGGCGCUCCAUCGUAGUUGCCGACCGUGAAAUGGUCGAGUCGAACAGCGACGAGAUCCUUCGCGAUGCCGCAAAUGUCGACGUGGCUUUUCUGGUCGUCGGUGACCCAUUUGGUGCGACAACACACACUGAUUUGGUUCUUCGCGCGCGCGAACUCGGCGUCCCGGUUCGGACUGUCCCGAACGCCUCCAUCUUGUCCGGGAUUGGCGCAACGGGUCUCCAGCUGUACAGUUUCGGCCAGACGGUCAGCAUGGUCUUCUUCACUGAUAACUGGCGGCCAGCCAGCUUCUACGAUCGCAUCAAAGAGAACAGGGACAUAGGCCUGCACACCCUCAUUCUCCUCGACAUCAAGGUCAAGGAGCAGAGCCUGGAAAACCUGGCCCGUGGCAGGAAGAUCUACGAGCCGCCACGCUACAUGACGGUGGGCACCUGCGCGAGGCAGAUGCUCGAAAUUGAGGAGGAGAAGGGCCAAGGCGUCUAUGGGCCAAACAGUCUAGCCAUCGGUGCUGCUCGCGUGGGUGGCAAGACAGAGAAGUUUGUUGCCGGUACGCUGCAGGAGCUCGGUGACGUAGACGAUAUGCUUGGCCCACCGCUGCACAGCUUGGUUCUCCUGGGAAGGAGAACUCAUGAGCUGGAACAUGAAUUUGUCCGCGAAUUCGCUGUCAACAAGGAGAACUGGGACAGAAUAUGGAAGUCAGAUUACGCCGGCAAGCAGUAA